AGUGUAAAGUUGGAAAAAUGGAGUCCAUGCUUAAUAAAUUGAAGAGCACUGUUACAAAGGUAACAGCUGAUGUCACCAGUGCAGUUAUGGGAAAUCCUGUUACCAGGGAAUUUGAUGUUGGCCGACAUAUUGCCAGUGGAGGUAAUGGGCUUGCUUGGAAGAUCUUUGAUGGAACUAAAAAGUCAACAAAACAGGAAGUUGCUGUAUUUGUCUUUGAUAAAAAGUUAAUAGACAAGUAUCAGAAAUUUGAAAAGGAUCAGAUUAUUGAUUCUUUAAAACGAGGAGUCCAACAGUUAACAAGGCUUCGACACCCUCGACUACUUACUGUCCAACAUCCAUUAGAAGAAUCCAGAGAUUGCCUGGCAUUUUGUACAGAACCAGUCUUUGCAAGUUUAGCUAAUGUUCUUGGCUGCUGGGACAACCUACCUUCUCCUUUACCACCUGACAUUAAGGAAUAUAAACUUUAUGAUGUGGAAAUGAAAUAUGGCUUGCUUCAGGUUUCUGAAGGUUUGUCCUUUCUGCACAGCAGUGUGAAAAUGGUUCAUGGAAAUAUCACUUCUGAAAAUAUAAUUUUGAAUAAAAGUGGAGCAUGGAAAAUCAUGGGAUUUGAUUUUUGUACUCAGUCAACAAAUCCUUCUGAACAAGAGCUGAAGUUCCCUUGCAAAGAAUGGGACCCAAACUUGCCAUCCUUGUGUCUUCCAAAUCCUGAGUAUUUGGCACCUGAAUACAUUCUUUCAGUGAGCUGCGAGACAGCCAGUGACAUGUACUCCUUAGGCGCUGUUAUGUAUUCAGUUUUUAAUAAAGGGAAACCGAUUUUUGAGGUCAACAAGCAGGAUAUUUAUAAAAGUUUCAGUAGACAGCUGGAUCAGCUAAGUCGUUUAAGCUCCAGCGCUCUUCAGAAUAUACCGGAGGAAGUUCGUGAACACAUAAAGCUACUGUUAAAUGUAGCUCCUACAGUCAGACCAGAUGCAGAUCAAAUGACUAAGAUACCCUUCUUUGAUGAUGUUGGUGCAAUGACACUACAAUAUUUUGAUUCUUUAUUCCAAAGGGAUAAUCUUCAGAAAUCACAGUUUUUUAAAGGGCUGCCAAAGGUUCUGCCAAAACUCCCUAAGCGUGUUAUAAUCCAGAGAAUUUUGCCUUCUUUGACCUCAGAGUUUGUGAAUCCUGAUAUGGUACCCUUUGUUCUGCCUAAUGUUCUUCUGAUUGCUGAGGAGUGCACCAAAGAAGAGUACAUCAAGCUCAUUCUGCCUGAUCUUGCUCCUGUUUUUAAACAGCAAGAACCAAUCCAGAUUUUAUUGAUUUUCCUGCAAAAAAUGGACUUGCUACUAACCAAAACUCCACCAGAUGAAAUAAAGAACAGUGUUCUACCAAUGGUUUAUAGAGCCUUAGAAGCACCUUCAAUUCAGAUUCAGGAGCUUUGCUUAAACAUAAUUCCCACAUUUGCUAACCUAAUAGACUAUCCAUCAAUGAAAAAUGCAUUAAUACCAAGAAUUAAAAAUGCAUGCUUACAAACUUCUUCUCUUGCCGUCCGUGUAAACUCACUAGUGUGCUUAGGAAAGAUUUUGGAGUACUUGGAUAAGUGGUUUGUUCUUGAUGACAUUCUGCCUUUCCUACAACAAAUUCCAUCCAAGGAACCUGCAGUACUAAUGGGAAUUUUAGGUAUUUACAAAUGCACGUUUACCCACAAGAAGUUGGGAAUUACCAAAGAACAACUUGCAGGAAAAGUAUUACCCCAUCUGAUUCCUCUGAGUAUUGAGAACAAUCUAAAUCUCAAUCAGUUCAAUUCUUUCAUUUGUGUCAUAAAAGAUAUGCUUAAUAGACUGGAAGCUGAGCAUAAGACCAAACUUGAACAACUUCAUGUAAUGCAAGAACAGCAGAAAACUUUGGAUAUAACUAACCAAAUGAAUGUGUCUGAAGAGGCAAAAUCUAGCAGUACUGGUAAUCAGAUUGACAAAGUGUUUAACAGUAUAGGUACUGACUUGCUACCUAGCGGAUCUGAUAUCAAAGAAAAUGAACUGUCAUCAAAACAGAGAAAGACAUCACUUACACUUGAAGAGAAGCAAAAGUUAGCAAAAGAACAAGAACAGGCACAAAAAUUGAAAACCCAGCCUCCACUUAAGCCUCAAACGCAUACAAUCACACCUCCAGUAAAACAGGCAAAGGACUUAACAGAAACUUUGAUAGAUAAUAUGUCAUCUUUGACCAGUCAUUCUAUUAGUAAACCUAAAGUUGCUUCUUCAGGCAGCUUCUCUUCUGUCCCGUCUAUGGGUAUUGGAAUGGGAUUUUCAUCACCUGUUGACAGCACAAAAAGAAACAUAACAAAUGGCCUGAAUACUACCAUAGGUCUUCAGACUUCUGGAUUCAGCAUGGGGGCUGGUACCACAAGCCAGAAUUUCUUCAGCAGUCCAAGUGGAACUGGAACAGCCAAGGUUAACAUAGUACCAGCCCCCAAUAUGCCAAACUAUAGCCCUGUGAGUGCAACAUCUGCAGUCUCACAGCUGACCCAACAAAACAGACCUGCAGAUAUGUCUUCUCUAGAUAAUCUUUUUGGUCCUCAAAAACCCAAAGUCAGUAUGAACCAGCUGGCACAGCAGAAAUCAACCCCGUGGGUUAAUCAAUUUGUACCCCCUCAGGGGUCCCCAGGCACAACCAGUUCAGUGUUGGGACCACAGAUGAACAUAGUAGGACAACCUGGUUUUGGUAUGCAGGGUAAUCCUUUCUUUAAUCCUCAGAACUUUGCACAGCCAACAAACACUAUGACGAGCAGCAGCUCAGCUAGCAAUGACUUAAAAGAUCUUUUUGGGUAAAAGGUUUUGCUUUCUUUUUCAAUGAUUGCUACAGUUUGAAUCAUGGGUAAGCUGAUUAACAUCUUAUUAUGAUUUGGUAAAAAUUUAACUAAGAAAAUUUCCCAUCUCGCAAAAUAAAGUUUUUUGCACAGGAAAAAAGACUGUUUACCUGCUGACUGGAUAAUAUUGUAGAAUUGCUUAAGUGUAAAGUCACCUGAUGCAAUAAAUAGUCUGCUCUAUUUUCCCAAUCUCAGAGCUUUGAAGUCAGGAUACAUUUAACCUUCAUAUGUCUAUUCAUAAAAAAGCUAAAUUUUCAGAAACUUGUAUGUGUGGUUUUUUUACUCCAUAAGUUUAAAAAGCCACAUCUUGACAUUGAAAAAACUUGUGUGUUGUGUAAAACUAAACAGAAUGGAUUUGUUCUGUUACCACUUAACCAUAUAUUUGUUGAAUAUGUCAUGGCCCUUAAUUUAUACCGACAACACAGCAUGGGAAAAGUUUGAUUCUUAUGCAGUCUCAGAUUGUCAGUUGCAGUAGUUAUGUUUAUAUGGAUAUGUCUCUAAUCAUGCGCAGGAGUCUGAGGAUUUGAAAUUAUUUGAUUUUUCACUUGCAUUAGUCAGGGCAUGUCUACACAUGCAUUAAUACACUGUAGUUACUGCGCAUUAAGUUCAGUUCCUGUAAUAGGUACUAAUUCAAUGCUCAGUGCGCAGUAGCACCAGCAUACGCCUUUUUAGUGAAGCUGCUGCACAGUAGACUAAUUCUGCUGCACAUUAGCACAUGUUUUGCCAUGACGCAUUAAUGCACAGUAGAAUCAGUCUAUUGUGCAUUUAGCAUCUCAUGUAGAUGCCCUCUAUGUAUUCUAAGAUGAGUGAAGUGGCAACAGUAAAUAUUCUAAUAGCAAUGACUGGUGCAUUGCUCCAGUAGUCAUACAGACUUGCACUUUGCUUUGUAGUAUUGGAUCCCAGUUUUCAGGCCCAGAGCAAGAGCCACAUACUGCUUAAAAUCCUAUUUAAAACAUGGCACGUAACUUAGUGAUAUAAAUCGGAAGCAAAAUAUUUCUUGUUUUCAGUGGCAAAAUUGGUAGUUUUUCACUGGUGCAAACUAAGAAUCAGAGCUGUUACUAAGCACCAUAGGAAAAAAACAGUCCCUAAAUUUAAGUGUUAUCUGCCUCAGUUUUGAUACAGUUGGCUUGUUUAUAUGGAAAUAUUUUGAAUCAAUUAGCAUUUUCUGGCUGUGGGGAAGGACAGACUGCAUUUAAUGUGGCAUACGACUGUAUGAAAAAGCAGUAAGCCAUGAUUUCCUUAACUUGAAUAAACUGUUAGCUUCCAAUUUAGUUUUCACUCAAGCUCUCUUAUGAAGGAUAAAUACCUAUGAUUUGAAUUCUCAAGUGAAAAUCUGUGAGCACUAGAACAUAUUUGAUGAGUACAUAGCUGUUUUAAACCCUUAUUCUGUAUUGCUCCAAAUUUAAUAAAGUUCUACAGAAAAUCAAGCAGUAGUUGUUUCUGCUUCCCAAGAGGUAGAUGUUCAGCUUCCCCAUGAUGGAAUCUCUGCUCUGUCAGUUACCACUGUUGGGUUCUAACUUUGUCUUUCCUAGGAAUUUCAGGAACUUUCUUAUGUAAUAUUUUGAACACUAUAGCUGGAUAUUUUGAGAAGGAAAGAAUUAGUUAACUUUUGUUUUUUGUUUCUUUUGGGGUUUUUUUAAGCCUACAUUAUUUUUCAAAGCCUUUCACUGAAGAAAUUCUUUCAUUUGCUGCUUAAGAAACCAAAGGGCCUUAUGCUGUAAAUGUGACUUGUAUUUGUUAAAUUAUACUUUCACAGUUUUAAAUGACGAUAACUUCAAACGCAUCUCUUGAUGAAAUCUUGAUGUAUUAUAGCUGCUACCUUAGUCCUUUUAUUUUUUAAAAUUCCUGGGACCAGUGAAAUUGUGGUAAUAAACAUAUUGUGAUGCUUAUGUGCUGUAGAUCCAUGGUCGAUAUUGUAGGUUACAUUGAACUAGUUGCAUAAUUUGUAUAAUGUUAGGAAUACUAAAUAUUUAAAUUUCAUAUGUGGUUAAUGGCAUUCUAUACUCCGAGUGAUCUUAAUACCUUUCUUUUUAAAAUAAAUCAAUGUGAUCUGA